AUGCAGCUGGAGGAGCCUGGCGAAGACGACAUCGACAUUGGUGCGGUCAUCCGCAACUUUUACUGCUCCCUUGUGGAACUGAUCGGUCGGUGCGCCCCGAGGCAGCCACGAUCGCCCAGGAUGGGCAACACGGAGAGCGACAUGGCGCUGGCACUGAACCGCUACAUUGGCAACUCGGUGCUGCCCAUGCUCAUCCAGUACCACUGCUAUUUCACCAACGCAGGGAACUAUGCCAGUUUGCUGGAUGAAACAUUCCACACUGUGUACCGACUCUCCAAGGUCAAGAUUCUCACCGAGGGCCAGACUUCCUCGUCGUGCUUACCAGGGAAAAGCAGCCAAGCAUGCUUCUGCGCCUUUUGCGGAAACUCACGGUGGAUGUCUCAGUCAUCACGGAGUACACUGCUGUCGCCCUCACGCUGCUGA